UGGCCAUGUUUUACUUUUCACUCAUUUUUUAAUCAAUUUUUUAGAUUUCUAAAAUAAAAUUCCAAUAUUCUCGCCUCUCGAUUGGUUUUUUUUUUCUUUUAAAUAAUCUGUAUUAAGUUAUAACAUUUACAUUAUAACAUACUGUGUGUAAUGCCAAUAUAAAUGUUAAAUGGUAAUUUUUGUAUUCGUUUAAUUUUUGGUGUUUUAUAAUUUAAAGAUUUUACAAUCACUUUGAAUUUAGUCAAUUUGUGAUAUUAUUUGUUUAAGAGCAGAACAUAAUAAUUCAGAUUUAAUUCUUUAAUAAUUUAGUUUUACCUGAACUAAAUUUUAAUAUAUACCUACUAUUAAAACUAAACAUGAUGAACGGAAGUGUUGGUUUUGUAAGUAUUAAACUUAAUUAACUAAAAUGACAAUUAACUCUAACAAAAAUCAAAUAUAAUUAUUAUGAUUAUUUAUUUAAAUGUAAAAUGUUUUAAAAUUCAACUUUGAGAGUCUUUACAAAUCCAUGCUAGUUUAAAUUAAUUGUAUUUAGGUAGUUGAAUUAUUUACAUUUUUAAAGUUUGUUAUACUUAGGUAUUAUAACCUAAUUAUUUAUUUAUUUAUUACCUAUUAUUAUUUAUUAUUACUUAGGUUGUUUUAUUAGGAUACAUAUAAACAAUUUUAUAUAUAUAUUUUAAAGUUAUUUUUAGGUAGGCAUUAGAUUAUUGUUAUUAUUUUAUUAUAAAAAUCAGUAAUAUAUUUAUCUUUGAUUUUAACCCUUGUAUAAGUGGAGUAAUCUCUUCUUUUCUUUUCUUCCAUAUUUCUACCCAUCACCGUAUCUUUAUCAACUAAUCCGUAUCUUAAGGGGGAAUCUCUUAAUACUGUUAGCUACUUUUAUAUUAAUCCAAUAUAAGUUAAAUUUCAUCUAUAAUAUUGUUAAAUUUUGACUAAGUAGACAUUAUACCUGCUUUUCUAUCUUAGUUUAACUACCUAAUGGGUGUCAACAAAAUUACAUUGCAUUACUUAGAGUUUAAAUUUUGGGGAUUAAGUUAUGAUUCAAUUUUAAACACAUAGACAAAUUCUUUGUUAGUUAGAUUGAAGUAGUAGAUAUGGCUAAACCAUAGUUUUAAGUAUACAUACUUUUCAAUUUUGAUAAUCAAUAGUAAUGUUAAAAAAUUUAAGAUGGCACUUUUAAAUAGUAUGAUUUAAUAUUAUAUCUACUUACUCAUUUUGGUAUAAAUCUAAUUUACGACUCAAGCUCAUUUUUCAAAUUGUUUUUUCAAUAUAUAUGUUUUUGUCUGUAUAUUAAGAAUCUAAAAAAAGUAAACAAAUUUUAUUUGGAAGUUAUAGGGGGAAAAUGUAUGAAAUUCAGGUUUUCUGUUUCGUGUAUUUCUUAGUGAAAAUUAAACAUUUUUUUUUUUUUUCAAAAUAUGUGAUUUUUAAUGCUUAAUCCAUUUGUUUAAUCAAAACUUAUCUAUAAUACUUAUUUUUAUAGUUAUUUUACAUGAACCUUGAAACAUAGCAUUUUUGGAAUUAAUCCAAAAUGUGGUCGUUUUUAUUAUUAUUAUGAUUUUUAGUUUUUGAUAUUUUAAUAACAGAGUUUUUUUUAUUGAGUCUAUCUGGCUUAUAUUUGGAGUUACAAACGUUCAAACCCUAGUGACCGCCAGGUCUCUAGGUGCACUAAAAUACUAUUUUUCAAGGUUUAUGUUACAUAACUUCAAAAGUAAGUAUAAUAGAUAAGUUUUGAUUAUAUCAAUGGAUUAAGCAUUAAAAAUCACACAUUUUGAAAUACAAAAAUUUGAAAAUGUUAAAUUUUCACUCAGAAACAGAAAAUUCAAACUUUAUGAAAUUUUCUUCUAUAAUUUCCAAACAUAGUUCGUCUGACUUUUUUUUAGAUUCAUAAUGUACAGGCAAAAUCACAUAUUUUGAAAAAAAAAAAUGAAAAAUGAGCUUGAUUAGGUUAGGUAAACUAGAUUUGUUCCCUCACUUUUUGUAUUACAACUUCACUUUUAAAAAUUUUUAAACAAUAAUUAUGCCUAAUUAUUUAUUUGUACUAUUUAGCAACAACAACCAUUUAUCAAUACAUUGCCUACAGCUAACUCCAACAACUUCCAAUCUCCAUCCAUCCCCUCUUCGAUUAUGUCAAAUGGCACAGAAGGAGAACCAGAAACUAAAAUACCAAGACAUGAAGGUAUAGUAUUAGUACUAUUAAAUAAUCAUCUAAAUUCUUCAAAAUUUAACUUUUUUGAUUAAGUAGACUAAGGUAUUUCAAAUAAAAAAAUAUUUAUUUAAAUUCUUAUAUGUUAAAAAUAAAUGUAUAUUUUGGUUUUACUGCUUAUAGUAUUUAUUAUAUAAUACUGCUUUCAAAAAUAUGUAUAAUUUGUAUACUUAUACAAAAAGAUUUUAAAUUGUUUAUAUCCUUGUAUUUCAAUAAUGUGUUUAGGUUUAAAAAAUUAUGUUCAUAUUCGCAAUUAUUAUUCAACAUUUUAUAGUAUCAAAAAUAAAAUCAUAAUAAUUUACCUCAUAAUUUACUUAUGUGAAUUGAAUACCAUUAUUUUCUAUCUUUAUCUAUACAAUAGAGCAUUUAAAAUGCAUUUUUCUUUAAUCAGUCUGAUCAAUUUCGUGAAGCGAUAGAAAUGGAAUUAUAAUAUACAGGAGAUUGGUCAGGUAACAUUUUUCUAUUAAAUUUUAGAUUUUUUUUUCAUAUUAAAUUUUUGGAAAUUAAAAACUGGAAUUCUAAAAAUUUACCAGGCUUAUAUCAUGUAUAUUUCACAGAAUCUAAUUUCAGUGUUCUUUUCUUCAUCAAUUGGACUGAUUAUUGAUAUGAAAUUGAUAUGCUGUAUAUGUGUUAGAUAAAAAAAGAAAAUAUCAGUAUCAAAUCCCCAUAAGUCAUUAAUAACAUAUUUAAAUAUCUCUGGUUAAAAAAAUAAUACUUUUUAUAGAAUUCAUUGAUUUCACCUAAUUUUAUACUGUAUUUGAAUACAAUUAAAUUGGUUUUUUAAUUAUUAGGGUGCAAUAUAUCUCUUUUUAAGUUCAUAAAUAAAUACAAUUUUGUUAUAACCGUACCUACCACAAUGUUAUCUUGAUCUAUAUUAUGCAUAUUUAAUGUCAGGUUUAUUAUUUCCUACUUAUUUCUAGAAAUAAUAUCAGAUCUCAAUAAAUUUAUUUUAAAAUUAAUGUUUAAUAAAUAAUUUUUAAAAAAAAUUACUUAGUUGAAACAAAAAAAGUAAAUACCUAAAAUCUCAUUUAAUACUAUUUUCAAUGUAUUUCUAUAAUUAUGUCCUGAGUUAAUCUACUGGUUAAACUAAUCAAUAUACUUUUUUUUUUUUUUGAGAUGUUCCAGGCAGUUUACCAAUAGCACUAGUCUAUACGCUUCUCGCACAUCAAACGAUUAAAUUACCUAGUUUGUAGGGAAGGGUGUGUGCAAUUCCUAAAAACAUUUUUUCCAUGUAAUUAUUUUUUUAUCUAUAUUUUACUAAUCUUAAUUCAUCAAAGACCGCCUACCUAUUAACAUGUAGAAACAGAGCUAAUUAUGACUCAAUUAUGUUUUGGUAUGCUUAUGUUUACAGAUUUACAUUCAAUCAUAUCAUUAUUUUAUGAUGAAUUUGUUUCCAAAAAUUGUUCUACGGAGAUGAUUGACUUGUCAAAAUAAAAUAUAUAUUAUAUAUAAUAAUAUAAUAUAUAAACAUAAUUAUUAAAAUACAUAAUAAUUGUCUGAGAAAUUAUAAUUUGGUGUUUAUAUAUAUCAUAUUAUAUAUUAUUUAUUAAAACCAUUAAAACAUACUUUAUUUAGCAUUUUAAAUAAAUAUAUCAGAAAACAUCAAUGUUAUAUUGUGUAUACAUUUUUCAAUUGAUUUUUUAAGUGAAAUUAAUUCAUCAAAAUUUCCAACAAAUUUGGCAACUUAUCCUUUUAAGGUGACAUUUUAAUUUUAAAUUGUAUGUUAAUAAUUAGUAGGUUAUAUCAUGGGUUGCUAAAUUCUAUUUUUAAAUGAUUUAAUGGAUGUAGGUGUAUUUUCCAGAAAUAUAUUAUUCAUCCAAAAUUUUGUUUGUUUUGGAUCAAUUGAUUUCAGUUUUGGAGUUAACUUUCAAAUUGGUCCAUUAUGUAGGCCUGUGGUUGUUUAAAAAUGUUGUAAGUAUAAUUGACGACUAAAUUAGGAGAAUUUAAACAUAUAUCUACUUUAUAUUUUAUUUUGGUUUGUUUUUGUUUUCGUCAUGCUCUUCUGUGUUGUCUCCGGACCAAUAUCCCUCUACUAGCAAGUGCAGCCACCUGAGCAAGUCAGGCCUACUACCCGUUGCGGUUAAGGUCUCUCAAAUGGAAAUUCAAUACCUUAAUGGUGUAAUUUGAUACAUAUGUAAACAUGCAGCAAACAACAUCUAAUCAAAUAACAUUAAUGUGUAUUUAAGGGGAAAGGAUGGAUAUUUUUGACCUAUUAUAUAAGUUGAUUUUUAUCUUAUAGAUAAAUUUGAAAGAUAUUUUUGCUGCUUGUUUUAUGUUAACUAAAACAAUAUUUUGUGUAACUUUUGCAUAGAUUUUUUUUUUUUUAAAAAAAAGGAUAUAGGUUUCACGUAUUUAGAGAAUUAAUUUUCUAUUAUUAACUGAACUAUUUAUUUAGGAUUCAGUAAUUAUGAUUUUUGUGGUUUACAUAAAAUAUGUUUUCUUUAAAUUUUAAAAUUAUAACUGUUAACAUUUUCUAUAUAUUUAUUUAUGUUAAUCUUAGUAUAUCUUAAAGUUACAUAAAUUAUUAUAUUUAGUAUUACAAUAUAUUUUUUUUUUUCAGCCAAUACUUAAUUGUUCUUAUAAGCUGAUGUUGAUGUUUUUAUUGUUUUUGUCUACUUAUAUUAAAUUAUUUUAUUAACACAUUUUUUCCUUUCAGUCAAUGGCAAUGCAUCAUUCACUACUGCACCAUAUGACUUCAAUCAAGUAGGCACUUUAAUAUCAGGUACUUACUUAAUUACCAAACUAAAAGAGACAUUGUUUGUGUUAUCUUGCAUUAUUUAUUACUAUAUGUGAUAAUAAUGUAUUGCUGUAUAUAAAAUUGUAUUAAUAUAAAAAAAUUAUAUACCGAAGAUGUCAUUAUAAUUUAUAAUAAAUUUAUAUUUCCUAGGUCCUGGUUCAAGACUUGGUAUUUUAGGUGCUCUUGCUGCUCCUUUAAUCAAAUUAAAUACAGAACAAAAUGAAGCUGUGGCUAAAGCAAAAAAAUAUGCUAUGGAGCAAAGCAUAAAAAUGGUGUUAAUGAAACAAACUUUAGCCCACCAACAACAACAAGCAAAGUCUUUUCAUCGCCAUCAAGCUUUAAUAUUAAUGUGCAGGUCUGUAAAAUAUUAACUUUUAUUAGUUUACAAUUUUAUAUGAAAAAAAAAACAACAAUAUGAUGACAAAUGAUUUACAAUAUUGAAUAAGUUGAGACUAUUAUUUGAUAACAUUUAUUGUGUUUCCUUAAUAAGUGAUUAAUUAGCUGAUAAGAUCUGAUUGUUGUUUAUUUUAAAAAUUAACAUCAAUUUAAUUUAAAAAUUAAACAUUAAGUUAACAUAGUAAAAAUUGUUUUUAGAGUAUAUGUUGGAAGUAUUAGUUUUGAACUUAAAGAAGAUUCUAUUAAACAAGCAUUUUCACCAUUUGGUUGUAUUAAAUCAAUUAAUAUGUCUUGGGAUCCAAUUACACAAAAACAUAAAGGUUUUGCAUUUGUAGAAUAUGAAAUACCAGAAGCUGCACAACUUGCACUUGAACAAAUGAAUGGAGUAAUGCUUGGUGGUCGAAAUAUUAAAGUUGUAAGUAUCAAUUAAAUGUUAAUAUAAUUAUUAUAAUUAAAAUAUCUAAUUUAGUUGAAAACAAAAUUAUUUUGUACUAGUUUUUUUACUAAGGAACUUUGAACUCCAAAAAUUCUUAAAUAAGUAGUACCCUAAUUUAUAUAUUAUAUUGUAUAAUAUAUUACUCUAUUUAUUUUCAAUAUGUUACUGUUUACUGAUUUGUAGGUUGGACGUCCUAGUAAUAUGCCACAAGCACAAUCGGUCAUUGAUGAGAUUCAGGAAGAAGCUAAACAAUAUAACCGUAUUUAUGUAGCAUCUAUACACCCAGACUUAACUGAAGAUGAUAUCAAAAGUGUAUUUGAAGCCUUUGGUCCAAUAAGGACUUGUAAACUUGCACAAGGUAGUACUCCAAAUAGACAUCGCGGUUAUGGUUUCAUAGAGUAUGAUGGUCGUCAAGCAGCUAUUGAAGCAAUAUCAUCAAUGAAUCUUUUUGAUCUUGGUGGCCAGUAUUUAAGAGUUGGUCGUGCCAUUACUCCUCCAAAUGCUCUACAUGUGUGUUUUAAAAGAUAAAUAAAAUAACUUAGUGAACAUAUGUAAUAAUUUAUUACAUUUUUACUUUUUAGGGACCUUCAUCUGCUAGUCAUAUGCCUACUGCUGCUGCUGUUGCUGCGGCUGCAGCUACAGCAAAAAUUCAAGCAAUGGAUGCUGUUGCUACAAAUGCAGUAUUAGGAUUAAGUAAAUUAAGUUCUCAAUUAGGGGCUGCUCAAACAGCUGUUUUACCUGGUUUACAACAGUUACCUACCACAUUAGGUAUAACUCCUGCUGCUCCUGCCACUCCUAUUAUACCUCCACCGGGAAUAGCUAUGCCACAGAAAAUUAGAGCUCCUGUACCAAUAAUACCAGGUAAUUUAUUUUAGAUUCUUAAUAUAAACUUAUAAAUUAUUAUUCUAAAAGCUUUGUAUCGUAAAAUAUUAUGAUUAAAAAUUUACAAUUACAAAUUUAAUUUAUCAUAUUUAUAGACACAUAAAACCAAACUUAUGUGGCUCACCAAUAACAAGUAGCACAUCCAUGCGAUAUCUACUUAAAAUAUUAUUUACAAUAACAAUAUACUAUUAUAAAUUGUUUUGUUUAAUAAUUUUAAUUUAUUUACUUAAAAGUUAAACAAACGUUUAGUAUUAAAUUAAUAUUUUAGAAAUACAAAUAGCUUUUAAUGAUAUUUUUUAUAAUUAUUAAGGCUUAUUAUUACUAACUGAUCAGUUUAAAAAAUAAUAUGAAUAAAUAGAGCAUUAUUUGCCAUGUCAGCAUUUGUGUUUUAUAAUUUUGAUUCUGAGUAUUACAAAGAUGUAUUAAUGAUUUUUUUUAAUACUCCUGAGUUUUUUACAUAAUACAUUAAAAAAUUCAAACAUUUCGGUAUUGAAGUAGGUUUUCGAAAUUACAAUACAUAGAUAAGCUGUUUUAAAAUAUAAAAUUGUAUUAUAAUUUAUUAAUUUACAAAGAAAGUAAACUAUAAUUAUAUAAAAAUAAUAAUAAUCAUAGUUCUUAAAUAUUAAAAUAAUAGGAAUUUUCAAUACUUAAGAUUAUUUACAAUAGGUCCCAUAAUUUAUAGAAGUAAUAAUUUAAAUUAAUUUUUUUACAGAUUUGUAACAAGUUAUUAUUCUAUGUUUUAUUGUAACUACUUUUUUAUUAUUUUAAUUUUAUGCCAAUUGUUGGUAAUUAUAAUUAUAUACAAAUUAAUAACAAUAUUUUAAAUUACAGUGUUUCUAAAAGUUUUAUAUUCUAAAACAUACAUACAAAACAUUUCUGACUUAUGUUAGUUUAUUUAAAACAAGUUAUUGAAAUGUUUAACUGUUAACUCCCUAAGGCCCUUUUUUAAUUUCCUGUUUACCUGAGCAACAAAAGGAAAAUACUCAUACUACUCAUCUCAAAAUAUUUUUUUUUGUUUGAACUGAUAUAUUUUUGCCAAUAGUAUAAUAACUAAAUUACCUUAAGAACUACCCAUAUACACCAGUGGUCUACCUAUGGUGUAAAAUAAUUUCAAUUUAUUCUGCUCUAAAAAAUAAUUACCGUAUCACAAUUAUACCAUAGAGAAAUUAGACUGACACACUUAGUCAUGGCAAGUAAAUCCUUUACAGGUUAGUUUAGAUGUAUAUAGUUAUAAAAUCCAUAAAACUCUAAUUUUAUAAAAAUAAAAACUAAUGUUAAUUUAAAAAAAAAAAAAAAACAAUUAUAACUAUUAAUAAUUAUAAUUUUAAUAAAUAAUAACUUUAAUCAUGUUCUCAUGAUGUAGCUAUUCAAAGAUGUAUGUGAAGUAUAAUUAUAUAUACAUGUCUCGUUAAAAUUGGUUUUUCUUUCAUUUUUAGUAACAAGUGGAUUAAGCCCUGUAAUUCAACAAUCUAUACCUCCGCCAGCCCUCAUUAAUCCCACACAGUUAGCUGCGCCUGUAGUUCCAAUAGUAACUGCAGAUGCACAAAAACGAGCUGAUCAACAAAAAAAACAAGAAGAAUUACAAAAAAAAUUAUUGGAGGAGACUGAACCCCAAACAUUACAACAACAAGAAAAUAUGUCUAUCAAAGGGCAAAGUGCUAGACAUCUUGUUAUGCAAAAAUUAAUGAGGAAAACUGAGGUAAAUAUUUAAGAGUGAUAAAAUAACUCUAGGCUUUGUUUAGACUGCCUAGAGUUAUUUUAUACUAGACUAUUUGGGUGGUAUUUAAUUUAUUAAAUGUAUGCCAUAAUAUAAUGUGUACAAAAUAUAUCUAUUACUAUAUUUUAUUGUUAAUUUAAAUGAAUUUUAUGUUUAAUUAAGUUUUGAUUCAUUUUAAAUAAGAAAGAGGCAUCUGUACUACAUUCUCUAAAAUUUCUAUUUAUUUCAAAUACUGUAAUAGUUUCAGUGUAAAUAAUAAUUAAAGAUUUAAAAGAAAUAAUUUUAAAUAUUAUAGUUGAUUUUUAAAUCUAAUGAAUCAUUUGUUAUUUCUUUAUUUAACUUAACUAACAUUUUAAUAAAAUUUUAAUAAAUUGAUUAAUAUACCAUUACUGUUAAUAUAGAGUCGAGUUGUUAUUCUAAGGAACAUGGUUGGUGUUGAAGAUGUUGAUGAUAGUUUACAGGAAGAAAUUCAAGAUGAGUGUAGCAAGUAAUUUGUUUGCAUUUAUUAACUAAAAACAUUGAUUUCAAUAUGUUAAUAUUAAUUUCUUUUAAGAUAUGGUGUGGUUGAACGAGUUAUUAUUUAUAAGGAAAACCAAUCGGAUAGUGUGGAUGAUGAUUCUGAUAUAAUAGUAAAAAUAUUUGUUGAAUUCACACAAAUGUCAGGUAAUUUCAUAUUUAUUGAAUAAAUUAUUCUUUUGGUUGCAUUAAUUGAUAUGAUCAUUAUAUUUCAGAGGCUGAACGAGCUCGAGAUUCUUUAAAUGGUCGAUUCUUUGGUGGCCGUUUAGUUAAAGCUGAACUUUAUGACCAAGCUUUAAUGGACCAUAGUGAUUUUUCUGGUUAAUAUUAUUUUAUAUACCAUAUUAUUAUUAAUUUAUAUGUAUAUUAUUUUACUUUACUAUGCAAUUAUUGUUUUAAUAUUAACAACACUAUAUUACAUGAUUAUUAUUAAAUUAUGUAAAAAGAAGU